AUGAUCGAGCUGAAGCAUGGCCUCUCGGCCGGGACAGUCUCGAAGCUCGAUUUUUCUCUUGCACCCCUUUCGGGUGUCGUGAGGGUCGAUAAAGUCAAAAUUUUGAGAAGGGCAUUCGCAACUCGGGUUCGUUUCAUUGUAGCUGCAAAUUCCCAUGUUCCCACAAUAGCCGUAGACCUGACAUUGAUCGCCUACGGCGGCCCAUCUGACAUUUACGAUUUCGCCUUCCUCGGCGUAAUCGCUGCUGUACGCCAAGAAUCGAGGGCUCGAGAGGGUGGGAUCGGAGAGAGUGACAAUUCCGGUGGAUUGAAUUUCAAGGACUGGAGACCGGAGGAGAGCGUGUGGUUUACGCGCAGGGGCUGGCCGGGGACGAUGGUGUCGGUCGGGUGGUCGAAGCUCGACCAGACGGCGCCGCCGGAGGAGUUCGUGAGCACGAGGUUGCCGGAUUCGUCGAGGGAGGCGGCGGAGACGCCGAGAUCGGCGGUGGCGGAGGACCAGAGGGGGGCGAAGGCGGUGGGGGAGGAGAGGAGCUGGAGGUCGCCGGAGUGGAGGAGGCGGAGGACGGCGGAGGAGUUGGCGGGGGGGCCGGCCUGCCAGACGGGGACGCCGUUGUGGGUCACGGCGGCGAUUAGGGUUCCGGCGGGAGUGGGAACGAAGGAGAGGGAGAAGGUGCCGUUGGGCGAGCGCCAGCUGGAGCUGGGGUCGGCGGCGGAGAGCGUGGAGCCGAGAGGGAUGCCGACGGCGGAGCCGAUUAGGAUGUGGAGGAUGAGGAGUAGGAAGAAGGGUUUCAUUGGGUUGUGUGCAUAA